GCCCAAACAAACGGUACCAUUCUCUUGAGCCAGGCCCAAUAGCUGUAGCACACAACAGACGACACGACCGCAUCCCGCGGCCCUGGCUGAGCCCAACCAAGUUCAGGCAACCCGGCCGCCGCCAAGUCCCCUCGCCGGCGCGGCGCUCGAAGCCCGGGAGGCCGCCGCCCCUUCGUGCUCGCUGAGGCAUCUGCUGCCGUGGUCGAGUUCGCCGUGCCGUUGGCCACGGACGCCCGAGGCCACCUCACAGCCGCGCAGCACGCUGCUUUCGAGAUACGAGCAGGGAGCAGCGGCGCGCCGGCCGCCCGGAGCGCAUGGGGUUCCUAUGGAUGGCCUUCGCGGCGGGAGCCGUGCUGCUGUGGGCGAUCUCUCUGGGGCGGAUCUUCACCUUCCCCGCGCCGACGUGCGUGCCCCCGAGCCCGCCCUUCCUGCCCCCCCUCCGCCGCGACAGGAGGAGCCGGAACGUGCUGCUCGUCGUCGCCCACCCCGACGACGAGUCCAUGUUCUUCACUCCAACUAUUCUGUUCCUCAAGUCAAAAGGUCACAAUAUUCACGUUUUGUGCAUGUCUCAAGGUAACGCUGAUGGUCUUGGAGUUACUCGAAAAGAAGAAUUGUACCAUGCCUGUGAUACCCUUAAGAUUCCACGUGAACAAGUUAAAGUCUUGGACCACCCAAAAUUGCAGGAUGGAUUUCAUGAGAAAUGGGACCAUGGACUGCUAGCAGAACUUACUAUGGAGCAUGUCCAACUUUGGGCCAUCGACACGGUAGUGGCUACAUCCUGGAGACCUUAUGAACUUCAAAAUCGUGACAUUUGAUUCAUACGGAGUAUCAGGCCACCCAAACCACCAAGAUGUUCAUCAAGGCAUAUGCAAGUUGCUCCAUGUGAACGGGCAAGGAAACAUUGAAGCAUGGGAACUUGCAAGCCUGAAUAUUCUUCGCAAGUACAGUGGUCCGGUUGACAUUUGGCUAUCUUCGUUGAUCUCCUCAAGUUCAAAGCAACCAAUCUAUACAC